GUUUCACAAAUACAUCUUUAUCACACAAAAUAAGGCAAAAAUUUGACACCGAGUAAAUUUCGUGGCAGAUGCCCGACAGAAUGAAUAAUAUCGUUUAUGUUGCCCUUGUGUCUUUAUAUGCUAUUUUUGUAAGAUGGUGCAUUUCCUUAAACACAUACUCAGGAGCUGGAAAGAAACCAAUGUUUGGUGACUACGAAGCACAAAGGCAUUGGAUGGAGAUUUCAUACAAUUUACCGGUUCAUUCGUGGUAUACCAAUUCAAGUGUGAAUAAUUUGUUGUACUGGGGACUGGAUUAUCCCCCUUUAACUGCAUAUCAUAGUUGGAUUUGUGGUUUUUUGUCACAAAAGAUAAAUCCGGAAUGGGUGAAGUUGAAUACUUCACAAGGAUAUGAGAGUUAUGAACACAAAUUAUUCAUGAGAUAUACAGUGCUUUUUGCAGAUGUUGUUAUAUUUUUUCCAGUGAUAUUUCUGAUCUUUAAACAGAUGAAAAUUGGUGAGACUCAAAUGAUAAAGGCAGCUAUGUUGACACUGAUGUAUCCAGGAUUGAUUCUAAUAGACCAUGGUCAUUUCCAAUACAAUUGCAUUAGCUUAGGUUUAAUGUUAUUUGGUGUUCUGUUUUUAAGCCAAGGUCGAGACCUCCUAGGAUCUAUAGCAUUUUGUUUGGCCUUGAACUAUAAACAGAUGGGACUUUACCAUGCUCUCCCAUUCUUUUGUUAUUUACUUGGAAUUUGUUUCCAAAGUCAGAAUCAAAAUGGAUUUUUCAGAUUAAUUAAAAUAGGAUUGGCUGUUAUUACAACAUUUGUUCUGUGUUGGCUGCCAUUUUUAUCCAGUGUAGAAUCAGCUGUACAAGUAUUACACAGACUAUUUCCCUUUGCCAGAGGUUUAUAUGAAGAUAAAGUUGCCAAUGUGUGGUGUACAUUGUCACUUGUAAUAAAGCUUAAAAAUAUAUUGACAACAGAUCAAAUAAUCCUUUUGUGUUUAGUAUCAACAUUAGUAAUAUUACUACCAUUAUCUUUGGAUCUGUUAAUAAGACCUAGUAUUCAAAGAUUUAAAUUAGCUUUAAUAAAUUCAUCUUUAGUCUUUUUCCUGUUUUCUUUUCAAGUCCAUGAGAAAAGUAUAUUAAUUCCUGCCAUAGUUGUAUGUCUGCAGAUAAAUAAAGAAUCAUUUUGGUGUGUAUGGUUUGGAGUAUUGUCAACAUUCAGCAUGUUACCACUUCUUAUAAAAGAUGGUUUGACAACAGCUUUUAUUGGAUGCACACUGUUGUAUUUAAUUUUGUCAUUAACAUUGUAUGACCUUGUUCAGUACACUGGAUGGAAAAAGUCUCUACAAAAAAUAACGUUUUCAAUGUCUUUACUUGGAAUGGCUGUUUUAACCAUAGGGAGUUUGACAGUAAAACCACCGGUUCAUCUGCCUGACUUGUUUCCAGUUCUAGUCUCAGCAUAUUCUUGUGUUCAUUUUGUGAUUUUUUUAAUUUAUUUUCAUUAUAGACAGUUAACACUUGCAAAUGACAGAGUAGACGAAGUUGUAUUGAAGAAAAAAAUGUCAUAAAACAAUUUUAUAUAAUUAAAUUUGCUGUAUUUAA